AUGACCAUCGACACCCAAGUCCCGCCCCACUCGAUCCGAAUUAGCAUUGACCGCUCGCCCACGGGUCGUAGCGACUUUGUCAUCAAGCUCCUGUCGCAGGACCCCUCGAACUAUCGCGAUGCGCCGACAGAGGGUAUCCGCCGCAUUCUGGAGCGUGUCCUCGGCACUUCCAUUCCCCGCGGCGUGCCCCUGCCGACAGAGCACAUCGACUACGUUCGCCUUUCAACAACGGUAGCGACAAAUGCCCUUCUGGAGCGCAAGGGCCAGGAUCACGCCCUCAUCAUCACGAAGGGGUUCCGCGAUCUGCUCGAGAUUGGCAACCAGACUCGCCCGCGCAUUUUCGAGCUUGACAUCAAGCGUGCCCUGCCCUUAUACUCGCAGGUCGUUGAGGUUGAUGAGCGUGUCACUCUGAUGGGCUACACCUCGGACCCGCAAGCGCAGGAGCACGCUGUUCAGUUUGACGAGGCGGGCCGCAUCACGAAGCCCUACAAUGGUCCUGGCGCCGAGGAGCAGCAAGCGCUGUACCCGCAGGAUGUUGUCCGCGGUCUCAGUGGCGAGGCUGUCAAGAUCAUUAAGAAGCCCGAUCUGGAGCAGGUUCGGGCCGAUCUGCAGAAGCUGUAUGACUCUGGUUGUCGCGCGAUGGCCGUCUGCUUCGCCCACUCCUACACCUACCCCGAGCACGAGCUCGCCAUCGGCAAGAUCGCCAAGGAGAUCGGCUUCGAGAACAUUUCGCUGUCUUCCCAGCUUCUCCCCGUCAUCAAGAUGACAGUUCGCGGACAAUCCACGACGGCGGACGCCUACUUGACACCGAUUCUGAAGAACUACCUCUCCGGAUUCUACGCCGGAUUCGAGGGAGGCGAGAAUGGCGGCCUGCGCGUCGAGUUCAUGGGAUCGGACGGCGGUCUCGUCGAGUUGAAGCACUUCUCUGGCCUCAAGUCCAUUCUCUCCGGCCCGGCAGGAGGUGUGGUUGGCUACGCGCUGACGAGUUGGGAUGAAGAGGAGAAGGCGCCAGUCAUCGGCUUCGACGUAGGCGGCACGAGCACUGAUGUCUCGCGCUUCGCUGGUCGCUACGAGAGCGUCGCCGAAACAUUCACGGCCGGCGUCGCCAUCAACGUGCCUCAGCUCGACAUCAAUACCGUCGCUGCUGGCGGCGGCUCAUGCCUGACGUACAAGAACGGCCUGUUCCGCGCUGGCCCGGAGUCGGCAGGCGCACACCCUGGCCCCGCCUGCUACAGGAAGGGCGGCCCUCUCGCUCUCACCGAUGGAAACCUGUUCCUCGGCCGCCUGGUGCCCCAGUACUUCCCCAAGUGCUUUGGACCGAACGAGAAUGAGCCGCUCGACCCCGAAGCGAGCCGCAGGCAGUUUGAGCAACUCGCUGCUGAGAUCCGCGCCGACACUGGAACGACGAAGGACAUGGACGAGCUUGUGUAUGGCUUCGUCAAGAUCGCCAACGAGACAAUGGCACGCCCCAUCCGUACCCUCACCGAGGCGCGUGGCUUCAACACAGCCGACCACGUCCUGGCGUCCUUUGGUGGCGCUGGUGGGCAGCACGCGUGUGAGAUCGCCGAGCUCCUUAACAUCCGCCGUGUCCUCAUCCACAAGUACUCCAGUGUCCUGUCCGCUUUCGGUCUCUCCCUCGCCGACCGCGUAUACGAGCUGCAGGAGCCUGCUGCCGCAUUCUACGACGCCUCGACCGUCCCCGAGCUCAAGAAGCGUCUCGACGGCCUCGGCGAGCGCGUGCACGAGGUGCUGCUCGAGGCCGGCUUCACGCCGAAGCAGAUCCGGCUCGAGCGCAUGCUCAACAUGCGCUUCGAUGGCAGCGACACCAGCCUGAUGGUCCUUUCGGACAACGAUGACUUCGAGAAGGCUUUCAAAGAUGCCUAUAAGGCCGAAUUUGGCUUCCUCCUUGAGAAGCGCAUCAUCGUCGACGACGUCAAGGUCCGUGGUAUUGGUGCUACUCACGAGAGCCUCGGGGAGAGCGCAUUCAAGGAUGCCAAGUCCAUCGCAAGGUCCGCUCCCGCCCAGAGCGCCGAGGCGUUCAAGCAGGGUGUCUUUGUCUGGGACGAAGCCAAGGGACAGGGUGCUCGCGUUGAAGCGCCCGUGUACGAGCUGGGCAACCUGAAGCGCGGUACUGCUGUCCCGGGACCGGCACUCAUCAUCGACGCCACCCAGACCAUCUUUGUCAACAUUCACUGGACGGCGCUUGUCACGACGAAUCACCUCCUAAUUGAGCGCGAGUAG